AUCCCAUCGACUGUCGAGCCCUUCUUCUUCCAGCAAUGGCUGCCCUCACUCCAAUCGAAUCCGUAUCCGCCGACGAAAUUACCGUCGAUGCUUUUCCUUUCGCCCGCGUCUACAAGAGCGGCCGCGUCGAGCGUUUCAUCGGCACCGCCGUCGUUCCCACCGGCGUCGACUCCGCCACCGGCGUCGUCUCCAAGGACGUCCUCGUCGAUCCCGCCACCAACCUCUCCGCUCGCCUCUACCUCCCGGGCCACCCCCAGCCCGACCGCGCGCUCCCUGUACUCGUCUACGUUCAUGGCGGCGGCUUCCUCAUCGAGAGCGCCGCCUCGCCGACCUACCACAACUACCUCAACGCCCUAGUCGCCGCUGCUGGCGUGGUCGCGGUGUCGGUCGACUACCGCCGUGCGCCCGAGUUCCCGCUCCCGAUCGCGUACGAUGACUGCUACGCGGCGCUUCGGUGGGUCGCGUCGCGACCGCCGGAUGAGCCGUGGCUGGCGGAGGGGCAGGCGGAUCUGGGGCGGUUGUUCGUGGCCGGGGCCAACAUCGUCCACCACGUGGCGCUGCGCGUGGGGGAGAAGGGGCUGGGCCGGGAUGAUGUGGUGAUCGACGGUUUGCUGCUGAUUCACCCUUUCUUCUGGGGAUCGGAGCCGAUCGGGUCGGAGCCUGACGCUUCGGAUACGGAGAGACAGAGAACGGAACAAAUGUGGCGGUGGGCGUGUCCGGGGACCACCGGAGUGGACGAUCCGCUGAUCAACCCCGCGGCGGAGGGGGCGGCCAGCCUGGUGGCGCUUCCAGCCCGCCGGGUGGUGGUGGCCGUGGCAGAGAAGGACGCGCUCAAGGACAGGGGGCGGGUGUACCACGAGCUGCUGACGACGAGCGGCUGGAAGGGGGAAGCGCGGCUGGAGGAGACAGAGGGCCCGGACUCCUCCCACGUCUUCCACCUCGUCAACCCCGCCUGCGAUAUUUCGGUGAACUUGUUGAAGACGGUCGCCGCCUUCAUCAACUCCGGCCACAGCUCCGGCGAGUAGCUCCAAGUGCCAAACGAAACUGCUAUCAGUAGCUUUAUGAUUCGCACAGAACGCAUAACCGCUGCUUUAAGAUCCGUGAAUUGUGAGUAGACGUGAAAUGUAAUGUCAUGCUUUUAAUAUGUUUAGUUAAGGUUUGUAAUAGAUGUUAAUUAAUAUAUU